AUGGUUUUCUCGGAUAAAACUAUGUCCUUUGUUGGCUGCAUUACACAGUUUUAUUUUUUUGCAUCUGUAACAGGUGGGGAAUUAUUUAUACUCACAGUCAUGAGCUACGAUCGCUAUGUGGCCAUCUGUAACCCGCUACAUUAUCACAUGAUAAUGAACGGUAGAGUUUGUGUUCUAUUGGCCGUUACUUGCUGGUUCCUGGCCCUAAUGGAAGUUGUACCAAUAGUUGUGAUUUUAUCAGAUUUUACUUGCUAUUUUUCUACAGAAAUCAACCACUUUUUCUGCGACGUUAUUCCGCUGAUUAAACUUAUUUGCAGUGACACUUCCCGUUUGGAUCUCGCAGUUUUUGUGAUUGCAGCCUUUCUUUCAACGUUACCAUCUGUUUUCACCUUUACGCCUUACAUUUUCAUUAUUAUCACUAUCUUAAGAAUAAAUUCCAGCACAGGAAGACGUAAAGCCUUUCACACGUGUUCCUCGCACCUCACGGUGGUCAUUAUGUUUUACGUUACUCUUAUCUGUCAAUACUUGAGACCAGCCUCGUCAGAAAAUGUGCAGGCAAACAAACUUAUUGCCUUAUUUAAUACCUCUGCCACCCCUGUACUAAAUCCUCUGAUAUACAGCCUGAAUAAUAAAGAUGUGAAGAUAGCUCUGAGACACAGACUAAAGAAAUGCAAAAUGGUGGUCUGA